GCGGCGCAGCGCUCGGGAUCGCUUGACGGAACACGACGGGGCAGAGCGAAAACAAACGAAGGGGCGUCCGGGGAGAAGUGUCACCAUGAACUGGAGUAAAGGUGGUCCGAGUGGGAAGCGCGGCUUCGGAUUUGGGGGAUUCGCUAUUGCUACCGGUAAAAAAGAAGAGCCAAAGUUGCCUCAUACCUCCCACAGUGUGUUCGUAAGGCCAGCGUCCUCAGACUAUGGCGCGGGUGGCAACUCCCAGAUGCCCUCCUUCUACAAGAUCGGCUCCAAGAGGGCAAACUUCGACGAUGAAAAUGCGUACUUUGAUGAUGAAGAGGAGGACUCCAGUAACAUGGACUUGCCGUAUAUCCCAGCUGAGAAUUCUCCUACCAGGCAGCAGAUGAGGUCCAAGGAUGAGUCUGACAGCGAGGAAGAUCCACUCGAGGCCUUCAUGGCUGAAGUGGAGGACCAGGCUGCCAGAGACAUGAGGAAACUGGAGGAAAAAGACAAGGAAAAGAAAAAUGCCAGGGGUAUACGAGAUGACAUUGAGGAAGAAGAUGAUCAGGAAGCGUAUUUCCGGUACAUGGCCGAGAAUCCCACAGCUGGGCUCGUUCCAGAAGAAGAAGAAGACAAUCUUGAAUAUGACAGUGAUGGCAACCCCAUCGCACCUACGACCAAGCGCAUUAUUGACCCUCUGCCUCCCAUUGACCACAGCGAGAUCGAGUAUCCACCUUUUGAGAAGAAUUUCUAUGAGGAGCACGAGGAAAUCACAUCUCAGACUCCACAGCAAAUCGUGGAGCUGAGGCACAAGCUCAACAUGCGCGUGUCGGGAGCGGCUCCCCCGCGGCCUUGCAGCAGCUUUGCUCACUUUGGAUUUGAUGAGCAGCUCAUGCAUCAGAUCCGGAAAUCGGAAUACACCCAACCGACCCCCAUUCAAUGCCAGGGAGUUCCCGUGGCUCUUAGCGGACGCGACAUGAUCGGCAUCGCCAAGACAGGCAGCGGUAAAACGGCAGCAUUUAUUUGGCCAAUGCUGGUGCAUAUCAUGGACCAAAAAGAGCUACAGCCUGGCGAUGGGCCUAUUGCGGUCAUUGUGUGUCCCACACGUGAGCUGUGUCAGCAGAUCCACAGCGAGUGCAAGCGGUUUGGAAAAGCAUACAAUCUGCGCUCUGUCGCCGUCUAUGGAGGUGGAAGCAUGUGGGAGCAAGCAAAAGCAUUACAGGAAGGAGCAGAGAUUGUGGUUUGUACCCCGGGUCGUCUUAUCGAUCACGUAAAGAAAAAGGCCACCAACCUCCAGCGUGUCACCUACCUGGUGUUUGACGAAGCAGACCGCAUGUUUGACAUGGGCUUUGAGUAUCAGGUUCGGUCCGUUGCUAGCCACGUGCGACCAGACAGACAGACUCUCCUGUUUAGUGCCACUUUUCGCAAGAAGAUCGAGAGACUCGCAAGAGAUAUUUUGAUAGAUCCGAUCCGUGUGGUUCAGGGAGAUAUUGGAGAGGCCAACGAGGAUAUCACUCAAGUCGUAGAAAUCUUGCCGUCCGGCCCGGACAAAUGGGCUUGGCUUACACGCAGGCUUGUGGAGUUCACGUCCGCGGGAAGCGUCCUCCUGUUUGUCACCAAAAAAGCCAAUGCCGAUGAGCUUGCCUCCAACCUGCGUUUGGAGGAUCAUCAGCUGGGUCUCCUCCAUGGAGAUAUGGACCAGAGCGAAAGGAACAAGGUCAUUUCUGACUUUAAAAAGAAGAGCAUCCCCAUUCUGGUGGCCACUGAUGUGGCAGCCCGCGGUCUGGACAUUCCGUCUAUCAAGACGGUGGUGAACUACGACGUGGCGCGAGACAUCGACACGCACACUCAUCGUAUCGGCCGCACGGGAAGAGCGGGAGAGAAAGGGGUGGCCUACACGCUUUUGACCCCGAAGGACAGCAAUUUUGCUGGGGACUUGGUGAGAAACCUCGAGGGCGCCAAUCAGUAUGUGUCUAAGGAGCUGCUGGAUCUGGCAAUGCAGAAUUCUUGGUUUCGUAAAUCUCGCUUCAAAGCCGGGAAGGGGAAGAAGCUAAAUAUCGGAGGAGGAGGCUUGGGAUAUCGCGAGAGACCUGGGCUCGGAGCGGAGAGCUCGGUGAGCGAUGUAGGACAUUCUCAUACUGAGCGCAACAUGGGUGGAAAUGUGCUAAGCAACUAUGAGGCCUUCAAACCUAGUGGAGGAGCGAUGGGUGACAGGCUGUCCGCGAUGAAGGCUGCAUUUCAUUCUCAGUACAAGAAUCAUUUCGUUGCUGCAAGUCUGAGCAACCAGAAAACUGGAACAUCCACCAUUAACUCUGGAGCAUGGACCAGCGCAGGCAGUUUAAGCUCUAUACCCAAUGUCCAACCAGAGCCUCUGGCAUCCCCAGCUGCAGCUUUACCACCGCCAGUUCCCAGAUCCAUGCCAGGAUUUGCGAGUAGUGGAACACUUUGCAGCGUCCCCACUGCUUAUCCUCCUGUCGGAAGCACCAGCUACCCGGCAGCAAGUCAGUUUGCUUCCCGCGAGGGGGCUAGCGGAAGCAGGGAAGGAAGCGGCGACAGGGAUAGGUCUAGUGAAGGCAGAAGUCGUCACGGGGACGGCCAUCGUUACGGUGAUCGGGAAGGGCAUCGGCACGGGGAAGGACAUCGGCACUCCGGCGGUGGACGGCACGGAGAGAGUCGUAAUGGAAGAGAGGGGAGGAGCGAGAGCUCCAGAGAUGGAGACGGUAGGAAAGAAAGUUCUCGAGAUGGAGAAUGGCGGAGAGACGGCUCCCGGGAUGGAGGAAACGGAAGGAGGGACAGUUCCCGUGACAGUGGAGAGGCACGAAGAGACAGCUCUGGGGACGGAAGGAGAGAUGUCUCGCGUGACGCGGGAGAUGGGCGCAGAGAGGGCUCACGUGAUGAUGGAGAGCCCCGAAGAGAUGCAAAGAGUGAAGCGUUUGCGGUACCUGACCCUCCCAAGCGUAAAAAGAGCCGCUGGGACAGUUAGAGGCCAAUACGGAUCUCCCGGAGAGGGAUUUCCACGAGUUGCUAAAGCUUUUUGUUUCUAUUUUGUUUUACCUGGCGUCGGAGGCAUGUUCACCGGUGUCAUCUCUGACACUGGAUAAAAGCAGGGGUUUAUCUACUGGAAGAAAAAGCAUCCUGAACUUCUCCUUAUCACCUCUCAGACUCUGGAGGGUCCGGCUACGUCGUCUUUGCUUUACAUAACUCUUCGCUCCCUCAUCUCUAUAUUAAUUAUAGAUCUGUCAGGUGGCGCCUCCGGUCCUUGCCGUUUCGUAGAAUCUCUCCAAACUGUGCGUGUUUAGGAAACGUGUUUCUGUACAUAGCGAAAUUUCAGGUUUUAUCCCUUCCUUUCCCUUCGUAUAACAACGUGUUCUCAUUUCACAGAUCAGGCUAUACAUUAAAGAAAGAUUUUGGUUUUUUUGAUGCUGUCGCUGAUUUGUACCCCCUUUCUGUUUUUCCACUCGGCAUGUCUUAAACAGUCAUUACUGUACACGUGAAAACGGCAAAACCCACCCCAUGCUCAAAAGAUGAUUGCAAGUGUGCAAGAUCGGGGACUUUAGUGGCUUGGGGUGAA